AACAUUUUAUAUAUUUAUUUAAUGCAAAGGACAAACAUAACAUAUUUAAAAAAAAUUGUUCACGUUAACAUAUCAUACAACGCGUAAAGAAAGUAUAUCAAUACUUUUAUUCAUGAAUACGAAGUAGAGAUUUUUGAAGAAUAAAUAUUGACAUCUGAUAAAUGUAGUCACGUGGUAAAAGUACAUCUGUAUUAAUUGAUAUUGAAAUGAUAGUCAUCGUAUCAAGAAAGAUUUUGCAAUUUAAGUUUCACAGUUUCACCACUGAUGUUUGGGAUAUCCUGUAUACAUAUAAGACAACAAAUACAAAAUUGAAAUUGGUUUUACCAGUCUUAUAUAGUAUGUUUACUGAUAACAAUAAUGAAGAUAGUAGACCAGUAACACCAUCACAGGAAGAUUGUUGCCACAGUGCAUGUGAUCCUUGUAUUUUUGAUAUACAUAAAAAAUUACUUGAAGAAUAUGAAAGAAAGAAGAAGCAGAAUAUAAAAAUCAACAACAGAUCAAAUGUAUUACAUUUAUAUGCGUACAGAAAUUUUGUGGUUUCUGGUAUACAGGAAAUAUCUGAAUGUUAUAUUUUACUUGUUUUGAAAUAUAAUGAAAAUAAUUAUAAAGAUUACAGUAUAUUAAUUGAUCCGGGACAAUAUGUUAUAUUACAUUUACAUGAUGCUGCCAAACCAUACACGCCAAUUUCUUUCACAGAUGACUCUAUUGAAUUCUUAAUUAGAAUUUAUCCAAAUGGAAAAUUUAGUCAAUAUCUAGAAAGCAUAAAAGUAGGUGAUACAGUUCGUAUUAGAGGACCAUAUGGAAAUUUUAAAUAUGAAAGCAAUAGUUUUCAAACAAUUAUUAUGUUUAGUAUGGGAUCUGGGAUAACUGCAGUUUAUCCUAUAGCAAAAUCAAUUGUUGACAAUGAAUCAGAAGAGACAAAGAUUCAUCUCAUUGGAGGAUUUAAAAACAUACUGCAGAUUCCCCUAAAAAAAGAACUACAAACCUUAUCAGAUUAUUGGAACUUCAAGUGUACAUUGCACAUAUCACAAUUGCAAAAUGUUUGCAAUCUCCAUGGUAUAGAUGUAAAAUCUGGAAGAUUAAAUGAGAAAUCAGUCUUUGAAAUACUUCAAGAUAAAAUAGCUAGUACUACAUUAAUCUUAAUAUGUGGCUCUAGUCAUUUUAAUAGAUCUGUUGUACAGUGGGUAAAAUGCAUGAAUUAUAUACAUAUACACGUGUUUGAAUGAAAAUACAUGAGUCAUAGAAAAGAUCA